AUGAAUAUAUUUAGAGCGGUCAAUACUGUUUUGUAUCCACUCUUUAUAUUCUUGUUGUUCAGUGGACGGAAUCUUUUGGAAUCCACUGAUACAUCAGCCGGUUCUACUCCAGGUUCUGGAGCUGGUACAAAUGAAGGCCAACAAGCUAGCGCUACACCCACAUCUGGUGGUACAACUCCCGGAACAGAUGCUGGUUCAGGUACUAAAACUGGUGUUGAACUUAGUCUUAAGGCUACAGCUUCUACUGACCAGUUUGAUCACAAUAAAAAUAAUAAAAUAGUCACUUAUACGGCUAAAGAUACCUAUGGUUUCAAAUCGGUUAAAACAGGUGAUACUGUUGUCUGGAGCACUACUAAUGCCAGUGAGUAUGCCAGUAAAGUAGUUCUGAAUGGCAAGGGUAAUAAGAAAAAAGAGGUUACAAUUCACCUGCCUAAUGGUACAAAAAAGGUGUUUAAGAGAGAAAAUAAGGGUAAGCCAUGGAUUGAACUUAGUCAGGAUAAUAAAGAAGGUACUUCUACAACUGGAGGUGAUGGAUCCGAGUUUGAACUUAAUAUUAAAUCCAGUGAUGACAAAUCUGAUCCUGAUAAAUAUGAUGUUACAACUUCCUUUUCUAAAUCCAAAAUUUACUCAAUAAAAUCAGGUAAAAAAUGCACAUUGAUUAAGGUUGAAGAUAAAGAGGUUUGGAAAUAUGAUUCUAGCAAAAAUUUUGGCUAUCCCAAAAAAAUAAACUACAAUGAGGAACAAAAUAAAAUUAUCAUUACCCUCGAUGAUGGAUACUUAGAAUACAAUAAAAAAAGUGACAAAUGGGAGAUAAAUGAGAUUGCUAGUACCAAAGAGAAAUCAAGUACAAAUUCCACAUCUGGCACUGGCACGGGAACAGGAGGUGGCACUGGAACUGGCACAGGAACUGGAACUGGCACGGGAACAGAUGGGAGUGGUACUCCUGCAAGCAGAGGUGGCACAGGAACACCUGGCAGUGGUACCCCUGAAAGCAGAGAUGGCACCUGUACAGGUGGUGGAGGCACACAUACAGGCCGAGGCAGCACUCAUACUGGAGGUGGCAAUGGAGGUGGUACAUCGCCACCCUCUAAUGAAAGUAGUGGAACACAUACAGGUGGAUCUGGUCGAGGCGGUGGUACUGAUCGAACAAGUGGUGGAAGGCAUUAA